AUGAAUUCUAUCUUUGGCCCUUAUCUUAGGAAAUUUGAACUUGUUUUCUUUGAUGACAUAUUGGUUUAUAGCACCAACCUCAAAGAUCAUAUUCAACAUAUUUCUAUAGUUUUUACACUCCUCAUACAACACCAGCUCUAUGCUAAGCUCUACAAAUGCACAUUUGCUCAACCAUCUCUACAAUAUUUAGGUCACAUCAUCACUGCACAAGGAGAUUCAGCUGAUCCUGAUAAAAUUAAGUGUAUGGAAGAUUGGCCUAUUCCCACAAAUUUCAAGCAGUUGAAAGGGUUCUUGGGGCUCACUGGUUACUACAGGAAGUUUGUGAGAGGAUAUGGCACUCUCUGCAAGCCUCUUACAGACCUAUUAAAGAAGAAUGCAUUCCAUUGGUCCUUUGCAGCUCUUGCAGCUUUCAACAAAGUUGCAAUGUGCACCACACCAGUCUUGGCCCUACCUGAUUUCUCUAAACCUUUUGUAGUGGAAUCAGAUGCUUGCACACAUGGUGUUGGAGCUGUUCUGAUGCAAGAGGGUAGAGCCAUAGCUUUUUUCAGCUAG